AUGAUUCAUGUGGAGGUAAAAAAAUAUUUGAGUUACGGUACUCCAUGUAGGUCAGAUAAAGAUUCUGAAAUAGAUGUAGAAUGGUUCACUUCAAAAUUUCUAAAUGAUGUUAAAUGCUCUGGUAUUCCCAACCACAUAAUUGUUCUGAAAGUUGGGGUUCCUAUCAUGCUGAUUCGAAACAUUGAUCAGUCUGCUGGAUUAUGUAAUGGAACUAGAUUGAUAGUGACUGCUUUGACACCCUAUAUAGCUCUUUCCGGUACAAAAACAGGUAAACCGGUUUAUAUUCCUAGACUUAGCUUAACUCCUUCUGACACUGACCUUCCAUUCAAAUUCUCAAGAAGGCAGUUCCCUAUAACUGUGUGUUUUGCUAUGACUAUAAAUAAGAGCCAAGGUCAAUCAUUAUCCCAUGUUGUAUUAUAUCUUCCUAGGCAUGUGUUCACGCACGAUCAACUAUAUGUAGCUUUAUCGAGAGUUAAAUCUAGAAAAGGGUUGAAGAUACUUUUAGUAGAUGAAAAAAAAGUAGUAUCUAAUUGCACUCGGAUUGUCGUAUUCAAUAUAUUUGAAGUGAUCAUGGGACAACAAGCAACAAGUGGAAUGCAUAAGGAAACUCUUUUUCUUUUUGUUGCUGAAUUAUAUUGCUCUAAUCGGUUCAAUUUCAUGUAUUAA